CUCAUUGUCAUUUUUUCCUACUGUAUUAUAAAAAAUGACUAAAGCCAUCACUCUUACUGUCUUCAUGGUCAUCCUCGUUUUAGGGAUGGUUACAAAGGAAACGCAAGGAGGAGAAGUAAAAAAGUGUUAUACAUAUUUCAUUACACCGAAGGAAAACUGCGAAGGUUUGGUGUGUGCAUAUGACUGUACUUUAAAGUAUAAUGGAAACGGCGUGUGUUAUGAUACUAAGAGCAAGACUUGCAUCUGCGCUUAUAAUUGCAAUGUUUGAUUUGUCAUCACACACCUAAACUGUUAUCAUCAAUCUUGGUAUUUUAAAUUAAUACGUUGAAUAAAAUAAUAUA